AUGUCAAAUAUAAAUGCUCAUAUUCAUAAUACUUCCAAUAAUCAUACUCAAACUGAUUUAAAUAAUUGUAAUUCUAAUAUAACCAACACAAAUUCACAUACAAAUUCAAACACAAACACAAACACAAACAUAAAUAUUAAUUUUAAUACCGAUACCAAUAAAAGCCCAAACUCAACUGCUCAAUCAUCUAUUCAAAAGGCAUCAACUACAAAUAUAAAUAUGGAGAGAUUACAAGAUAUAGAGAAACAACAACAACAACAAUCACAACAUGAUUCUGUUUCUCUUUCAAUAAGCUCUAUUGUCACCUCUACUAAAGCUACACCUCUUAAAGAUGAUUUAACAAAUAUGCAUUCCAAAAUAGAUCAACAAAAAAAAUCCACAAUGAAAAAAGAAUAUAUUCUGGAAAAGGAAAUAGGUAAAGGUUCAUUUGCUGUGGUUUAUAGAGGUUAUUCAAAUGAAGAUCCUAAUUUUAAACUAGCAGUCAAAUCUGUACCUAAAUCAAAGUUGAAAAAUAAAAAAAUCUUGGAAAAUUUAGAAAUUGAAAUUUCAAUUUUGAAAAAAUUAAAUCACAAACAUAUUGUUAAUUUGAUUGAUUGCCAAAGAAAUAAAAAUGAUUUCUUAUUAAUAAUGGAAUAUUGUUCAUUAGGUGAUUUAACUUUUUUAAUUAAAAAAAGAAAUGAAUUGAUUAUAAAUCAUCCACUUUUAAAUCAAAUCUUCCAAAAGUUCCCUUCUCCAAACCCAGAUUGUAACGGAUUAAACAUUGCUUUUGUAUUAAAUUAUUUACAACAGUUAGCUUCUGCUUUGAAAUUUUUAAGAUCAAGAAAUUUGAUUCAUAGAGAUAUUAAACCACAAAACUUAUUAUUAUCGACUCCAUAUACAGAUUAUCAUGAUCAACAGACUUUUAAAAAAUUAGGUUAUAUUGGAAUAUCUUGUUUACCAAUUUUGAAAAUAGCAGAUUUCGGAUUUGCAAGAUUCUUACCAAAUACUUCAUUAGCAGAAACAUUAUGUGGAUCCCCAUUAUAUAUGGCUCCUGAAAUUUUAAAUUAUCAGAAAUAUAAUGCAAAGGCAGAUCUUUGGUCUGUAGGAACAGUCUUAUAUGAAAUGGUUUAUGGUAAACCACCUUUCAAGGCAAAUAAUCAUUUAGAAUUGUUGAAAAAAAUUAAAAGAACAAACGAUAAUAUCCCAUUUCCUUCUUAUAUUGAAAUUGAUGAUGAUAUGAAAUUUUUAAUUUCAAGAUUAUUGAAAUUCGAUCCAAUUAAAAGAAUGAGUUUCCAAGAAUUUUUCGAAAAUAAUUUAAUUUUAAAAGAUUUAUCAAUUUAUGAAAUUGAAAAUUCGAACAAUGAUAAAAAUAAUAAUGAUGAUGAUAAUUCUACUUCUAAUAAUGAUUAUGAUAAUAAUAAUGGUGAUCGAAACGAUAAGUCAAAACAAAAAUUAGAAUCAAUAUCUAAAAAUUGUGUUCAAAAUAAUUUAUUCAUCUCAGAAUAUUUGAAAAAUAAAUCUCCCAGCAUCCCAAAAUCACAACCCAAAACUAAUCCUCUAACAUUGCCCAAUGUCAUAUUAUCCCAAGAGAAUAAUAAUAUUCAUAGAUUAGAUAUAACUAAUUCACAAUUAAACGUCAAUUCAAUUGAUCAACAAAUUCAUUCAGAUAAUACUACUACUCCAAUAACUCCUCAAAAUAACACUAACAACAAUAUUAACAACAACAACAACAACAACAAUCAUAAUAAUAACACAACUCAAUCAGAAGAUGAUAAAACAAUUACUCCAGAAGUCUUGCGGAAAAAUUCUAUAAUUAAUAAUAAUACUUUAGACGGAAUGAAAUAUAGUAGAAAGGAUUCGAAAACUCCAUCUCCAAGAUCUCCAUCUUCCAUUUAUAUCACCCCAAUUACUGAUAGAUAUCUAAAUUCACCCUCGGUAAGGGCGAUAAAUGAUUCAUCUGAUAUUAAAGGUGAUAAUGAUUAUGUAGUUGUCGAAAAAAACACAGUAGAGGUAAACGAGCUAGCUGAUCAAUUAGCAAGAAUCAAUCAUUCUCCGCAUAAUAGAGUUGUUUAUUCGAAUCCAAAUCAACAACCUAUUUCUGUUCAUCCACACUAUCAUGAUGCGAUUUUGCAUCCAAAUUUUUUGCCUCAUGAUCGUCAAUCAAGCAAUGCAUUCCACCAAACUUCAAUUUCUCCUUUAAACGCUCAACAAGCACCUUCACAAUUACAAAAUCAAUCCUCAUCUCAAUAUGGUCAACAAUUACAUUCCUUAAGAAGAAAUUCAAGAGCUUCUUCAUCUAGCACUGGAAGUAGAUCUAGAAGAACUUCUUCUGUAGAUCGCCAUGUUCCAGUAACCUCUUUAAAUAUUUCAAAUGCAUUAUCUCGUGCUUUAGGCGCAGCUACUACAAAAUUAUUUGGCGGUGGUAAAGAAAUUACACCUAUACCACAAACACAAAUAAAUACUACUUCAGUUUCCUCACCAAUAUUUGAAGAAUUAAUUGGAAAUAUUUUAUUGAAAUUAGAUAAAUCAUACUCUAUUUCUCAAAAUGAUUCAAUUAAUUUACUAUUAUUUAAAUUGGAGGAUCUAUUGGCAAAGGCCUUUGUCAUCUAUUCAUUUGCGGAGAGUAAAUUUUCCGAAAUUCUACCUCCACAUCAAACCUCUAUUCAAUCACAACCUUUUGAAAAGAAGACUAUUAUCAAUGUUGAUAGUAUUAGACAUAGAAGCUCAUUCUCUGAGGAUGAAAAAUUGGCUAGAGGUGAUAGUUCCCUAAUUAAUAAUAAUAGAUUAGGAAGCUCUCCAAGACCAUCUAGACAAAAUAGUUUAGAUUCAACAAGAAAUAUUAUACCAUCUUCAUCUGAAACACCUGUCACCUAUGUUGAAAGAAGAUCAUCUCUAGAAUUGUCCCACCUUUGUAAGGAAGCUAUUUUGCUAUACAUGAAAUCUUUAUCUUUCUUAGCAAAGGCAAUGCAAAUGACUUCAAAAUGGUGGUAUAAUUCUAAUGAUAAAUCUUGCUCUUCAAAGAUUAAUUUAGUUGUCCAAUGUGUUCGUGAUAAGUUUAAUGAAUGCCUAGAAAAGGCAGAUUUUUUAAGAAAUGAAUGGAAUACAUUAAUGUCAUCAAGCAAAUCCCAUAAACUAAAAUCGAACACUAACACUAAUGCCCAAUCAACAAUUGAUCCAGAACCUGUAUGUGUUGAAAACUUGAUAUAUGACAGAGCAUUAGAAAUAUCAAAAAGCGCUGCAAAAUUAGAGAUUCAAGCGAUAUACUUGACUAAUUGUGAAUUAGGUUAUUGCACUUCUAUUUGGUUAUUACAAUCAUUAUUAGAUUCGACAACUGAUAUAUCCUCUAAUGAUUCUACUUCUUAUAACAAUAAUUCUCACCCUGAAGGCUAUCUUUUAGAUGAACAAGAUAAAAAAAUCAUUGAAAAAUAUAUUGCAAGUAUUACAACACGUUUGAGAGCUCUCAGAAUCAAACUAUCGAAUAAAUAA